AUGGCCGGCUUGACAGAAGUCAAAAACUCAAAGAUGACUUCAAAUGAUACUGCGCUGGUGAAAAAGAAGACUAAAUCCAGCGCUCCGAGAAGGCGCACUGGAUGUCAAACAUGUCGCAAACGAAGGAUCAAAUGCGAUGAGACGAUACCAGCUUGUACAAAAUGUGUCCAAGCUGGCUGGAAAUGCGAUGGCUACCCGUCAACUCCAGCCUCAACAGACACUUUAAGCAGUAAAAGUGCUUCGUUACACCCUUCCCAAAGGCCUCUCUUAUCUAUCACCAACUACUCCAUUCCCUUCAAAAUCCCAGGAAGCCAGAGAGACCGCCAGCUUCUUCACUAUUUCUGCGUCCAAGGAUCCUCCGACAUUACAGGCUUCAUUACUUCAGACUUCUGGUCCAAGGUUGUGCUUCAGGAGAGUCACCAAGACUCAGCAGUGCGACAAGCAUUGGUUGCCAUGAGCUCACUUCAUCUGGACUACGUGACGUCGGAAAGCCAAGCUGCGAGCGUUGCAACCUUGACACAUUAUGGAAAAGCUGUUCGUACGAUACGAAAACGACUUUCGCAACCGACAAGCGACACUACUAAAGUCGCACUGGUUUGUUGUAUCAUCUUCUACUGCUGCGAGAAUGCACUGGGAGAUUGGGAUGCAGCGCUUCAGCAUCUAAGUAAUGGUCUUAAACUGCUCAAGUCAGUUGGGGAAACUGAGAAUAUGAAAGAUUUGACGGUCAUCUUCGAGCGACUCGACAUGCAGGCUAGUUUCUUCCAAGAUGAUCGUGUGCCAAUCUUGAGUCUGCCAGACUGGAAGGAAUACGUCAAUGCGAUGCCGGAGCAAGGCUUUUCCAAUGCACAAGAAGCUCAUGAGAGUCUCGUGAAACUUCAGUCAUGGCUCUACAACUUCGUUAAUAGGCAUGCUGAGCUUCAUGAAGCCAGCGUGGAUCUCCUGAGCGCGGAUGUCUUGGAUGAAAAGGAUGCGCUUGUACAGGCGUACAAUCGCUGGAGUCAUGCGUUCAAUGACCUACAACUUGCUAAGAAAGAGGAGAAUCAAGGGACAUACGGCCUUCGGGUAUUACUGAUUCACUUUCAUAUCUGUCAAAUGAUUUUGGAGUCAAAGUUUCCUGUCAACGAAGAAAUCUUCGGAGCUUCGCCCAACCCGACAGCGCACAAAAUACUGGAUUUGAUAGAAACACUACUGGACCACACAACAAAGCUCAAUUCUUCACCGACCGCAACUCAGACUCCACGUCGCAACUUUUCGCUGGAAAGUGGCGUCGUUGCUCCGCUAUUCGCAUUGGCUCUCAAGUGCUCAGAUGAGUCGGUGGCUACGAGAGCAGCAGGGAUGCUUUCCUCGACGCACAGAAGGGAGGGCCUGUAUGAUGCGCAGACUAUGGCGCAGAUUCUCAAUCAGUUAAGAAUAUCAAGAGAUGGAGAUCUUGGAAUCAAGGAAGAAGCCACGAGCGAUAAUGGGAUAGUGAGUGCUUUGGAGUAUCACAUACCUGGGACCUAUGAGGGCGGCGGGAUAGAUAAGCUGCUCGCUUCGAUGAGGAUAUAG